AUGAACCGGAUACUGACUCAAGACUAUACCUUCAAAUGUUCCGGGCUGAAGUUGCCCAAAGGAGCGAUGAUAACCGCCCCAGCUGCUGCCAUUGCCACUGAUCCAGAGACAUUUCCAGAACCAAACACGUUCGACGAACACCGGUAUUUGCGACUUCGCGAGCAACACAAAGAAUCUUCCAGGUCGCUGGUCCUGGGCAUGUCCACGAUCGACUCUCUAGGAUUUGGUUUAGGAAAUCAGGCAUGCCCUGGUCGGUUUCUUGCUGUAAACAAUCUGAAAUUGAUGAUGGCGAAGUUGAUGGCUGAAUGGGACCUUAGCCUGGAGAGCAAUGGGCAGAAGUUCCAAGGGCCUCGUCCAAGCAUGGAGUACAAUGACUUCUCGGUCGUCCCACCAAGUAAACUCAGCAUUCGAGUGACGAAGAACUAG